AUGGCGCCCGAUCCGCAGCCCGAACAACCCGCGCAAGCCGAAACAGCCCAAGAAACAACUCAGUCUCAACCACAGGAAGCAGGGCAACAUCCGGAAUCAGAGCAAGACCCUCCCGCAUCACCGCCCCUCCCUCAGCGACACACAGCCGUCACGCCUGGUCCCCGCGCCGCGCGUCUUCAAGAACUCUACGCGCGAUCGCUAAAGAAGACGCUGGGCAAGAUUGGAUGGGACAAUGUCGCCGGCUGCUACCCUACGGUUGCGAGGAGGGCGGAGGGUGUGUUGAGGCAGGUUCAGGGACAAAUGGUUGAUAAGCUUGGUGAGAAUCCUCAUCUUCUACCCCCAUCAGCAAUCCUCGCCGCACAUCUCACGCCCGCCCUCACGGCGCACCAAUCGCAACUCAAUGCUCGUCUACAAACGACACAAUCGCAGAACGCUCUUUUGUACGACGAAGUUCGUCGUCAAAGAGAAGAAAUUCGUGCACUUCUUGAUACCCUCGAAGCUGUCGUCGCCGAUGUCCGGGGCGCAAAUGACGCGCUGCGCCCGGUUGUGGACGAUGUUGCUGCUGAGACGAGACAGGGCAUAGCAGCUGUUGACGCAGCCAAUGGUGGUAGGCAAUAA